AUGGAAACAACGACGACCGCAACCUCUUGGCAAUACAGCCGGAGGGGCUCACUCCUCACGACACUGGAAAAGAGGGAGGUGGAGCUGCCUUCACUUCAAGCUGGUGAGGUGCUCGUCAGGGUCCAUGCCGCUGCGCUCAACCCAUUCGACUGGAAGAUUGCGGCAGCGGUGCCUGGAUUAAUCAAGAAGCUGCCACACACCGCGGGGACCGACUUUGCCGGCGAGGUCGUUGAUUUCAUCGGCAGAGAGCAUCGUGACGCCAAGGAGCCAGCAUGGCUUGUCAAGGGCUUGAAGGUGUAUGGCGUCCUUCCUGUCGACGAAACCUUCCGAGAUGGGCGAGGCACACUGGCUACCUACCUCAUCGCCAAAGCCACAAACGUGGCGCCUGUGCCUGAGGGCAUGUCAUGCGUGGAUGCAGCUGGGCUCUGCACAGUUGGUCUGACUGCACGCUCUCUAGCAUUGCACGUUAGGCCAAACGACCGAGUGCUUAUCCUCGGCGGGACCACCUCAGUCGGCCUGCUGCUCAUCCAGAUGUGCGUGGCAGAGCAGGCAUCGCACAUUGUGGUCAGCUGCUCCAAAGAUAAGGCAGGAGCAACCAAGAAGUGCGGCGCCCACGCCUUUGUCGACUACAAGGAUGAAAUGGAGAAAAGAUUAGAGGAAAAGUAUGCGUCGGCGCCAUUCGAUGUCAUUCUCGACUGCGUUGGCUCCUUUGCCACCUACCGAGCCUGUCCUGGCUUUCUGAAGGAGCAGGGCAGCUAUUUCAACGCUGGUUUCUCCUCGCUGGAUCACUCGAAUCUCGCUCGCUCGGCCUUGAAUUUCUUCAAGGAUGUUAUCGCAACUAUGCUGCUCCCAGUACAACUCGGCGGCACCCCACGGAAGUUUGUCGCAGUUGGCAAGGACAUGGAUCAGAUGCCGCACCUUUGCCGAUACGUCGAGGCUGGUCAGAUCAAGCCAUGCACCGACUCCACUUUUAGCUUCGACGAGACGCCCAAGGCGUACGAGCACCUCAUCAAUGGCCGUGUGCUGGGAAAAGUCAUUGUCAAGGUGACAGACGAGAGAACGUAA